CCAUAAAAAUUAACAUCAUUCAAUCAAAUUGCAAGAGAGGAAAGGACCAUGAGAGGAAAGGAGAAGAAGAGGUGCACAAGCGUGUAAAAGUCUGGGUUCAAUUGGAUUGCUGUCAAUAAGGCGCUGUAAUCUGCCAUGUCCAUGCCACAUCUCCCUCCAAUACGUGCAUCCAGAUUCAAACAGCUACCCGAGGUCGUUGACUGCCAUGCCUCUGCGCAGCCAUUUCAAUGCUCAGGGCUUAGGAAAUACGCUUCACUUGACUCCAAGUCGGCAAGCCUGAUGUAUACAGUGUCAGAAUUUGUUGACCGGCGGGAUGAUUAUAUGACUCGAACGAGGUCCCUCAAGGAGAACAUGUGGGCGCCAAUAACUUGGAAACAUGAAGUUCCCAAGUCAGUGGCAAGCCUGAAGUAUACAGCAUCGGAUCUUGUCGACGGGCCGGGUUAUUAUAUGACUCCAACGAGGUCCCUCGAGGAGAACAUGUCUAACAAAUGGGAACAUCUUCUCGAUCCCCUUCACCCUUGGCUUCGAAGGGAGAUAGUUAAGUAUGGAGAAUUUGCACAAGCAACUUAUGAUGCAUUCAAUAAUGAUUCUGGGAAUUGUCAAUGCGAAAGGCACAAACUUUUUGAUGAAUUGCAUCUUACUAAACAUGGUUACAAAGUGACCAAAUACAUCUAUGCUAUGUCCCACGUUGGAGGUCUCCAUUACUUGGAGAGGUCGCAGUUCACCCAAACAUGGAGCAAAGAUUCCAAUUGGAUAGGCUUUGUUGCUGUCAGCACUGAUGAUGAAUCCCAAAGGAUUGGAAGAAGGGAUAUAGUUAUGGCGUGGCGAGGGACAGUUGCAGUGUCUGAAUGGGUCUUAGAUUUUGAGGCAAAGCUACAGCAUAUUGGGGAGGGAGAUGUUAUGGUUGAAUAUGGGUUCCACAAGAUUUACAGUUCCAAAAGCGAGUCCACUAGAUACAACAAGUUUAGUGCAUCUGAACAAGUCAUGGAAGAAGUGAAAAAUCUAGUGAAGUUUUAUGGAGAAAGGGGUGAAGAAGUAAGCUUCACCAUCACUGGCCACAGCCUAGGUGGUGCAUUAGCUCUCCUCAAUGCCUAUGAAGCUGCUGCUACGCUCCCUGAUCUUCCCAUCACUGUCAUUUCAUUUGGCGCUCCACAGGUCGGGAAUAUCGCCUUUAGGGACAAGAUCGAUGAAAUGAAAGUGCGAACCCUGCGCAUUGUAGUGAAGCAAGAUAAAGUUCCAACACUACCUGAAAAGUUUAUGUCAACCAAGAUCCUUCAGAGACUCCUUUCACUCACUGGAACAAGGAAAUGGGUCUACACACAUGUGGGCGAGGAGCUUGCUCUUGAUAUGACAUCGUCUCCCUAUCUAAAGAGAAAAUUCAGUUAUAAAGACUGCCAUAACCUAGAGAUAUACCUGCAUCUCCUUGAUGGGUUUCAUAGAGAAGAUUCCAGUUUCCAGAAAGGUGCUCGAAGAGACAUUGCAUUGGUGAACAAGAACAGUGGCAUGCUGAUUGAGGAGCUAGGGAUUCCAGAAAACUGGUACCAAGUGCCUAACAAGGGGCUUAUGAUCUUUAAUAGUACUUCUGGCAGAUGGGUUAAACGAAGCAUGGUCGAUCAAGAAGACAUAUUUUCAUCUAUCUGAUCGCCUUCAGUUUUCAGCUUCUCAAUUAAUGUUGAUAAGGAUUUUCUAAACUUCACUUGUAAUUGUUUCAUUACAAUCAGAAUAAUUACGAUUUAAUUAA